CAUGUUUCAGCAGUAAUAUCCCCUUGAUGAGGGUGGUGCAGUCAGUUAAACAAACUAAGAGGAGAUCCAGUGGAAUAUUGAAGAAAGGCUGGCUGUUGCACCAUACCAAUGUAGAUACACUGAGAAAAAGGCACUACUGGGUUCUAGAUGGGAAAAGCAUCACACUGUACCAGAACGAGAACAGCAACAAGUACUACAAGGAGCUGCCUCUGUCUGAAGUGCUGCAGGUUCGAGGUUCAUCUCAGCUCACUGUUACUGUGCAGUCGGAUGACGCUGGUCAUUCAUUUGAGCUGCUGACGAGUUCUGUGGUCUACUGUGUGUUCACAAAUACAGAAGGAGCAGCCUGGGAGUCGGCCGUCAGACUCGCGCUCAUGCCUUUACAGAGCAUUGGCCUCAGCACAGCAGGGCCUGCAGAUGAUCGAGCCAUCAGUGAAGAAAUCCAGGAUAUUAGUUUGCUGUAUCAGGUUUUCUCUGAUGAAGUGUUGGGAUCAGGUCAGUUUGGAGUGGUGUACGGAGGUACUCACAGGCAGACGGGACGACCAGUAGCCAUUAAGGUCAUUGAUAAAACUCGCUUCCCGGCCAAGCAGGAGAGACAGAGCAAAAAUGAGGUGGCAAUACUGCAGAGUCUGUCCCAUCCUGGAGUCAUUGUACUCGAAGGCAUGUUUGAGACACCUGAGCGGACUUUUGUCAUCAUGGAGAAGCUCCAUAGCGACAUGCUGGAGAUGAUUCUGUCCAACGAGAACGGACGUCUUCCUGAACGCACCACACGCUUCCUUGUUAUGCAGAUUUUGGAGGCUCUGCGCUACCUGCACAUGAGACACAUCGCUCACUGUGACCUUAAACCUGAGAACGUGCUGCUUGCCUCACCAGAUCCUUUUCCUCAGGUGAAACUGUGUGACUUUGGUUUUGCGCGGCUCAUCGGUGAGAAGUCUUUCCGGCGCUCGGUGGUGGGUAUGCCGGCGUAUCUUGCCCCCGAGGUGAUCAGCAGCCAUGGCUAUAACCGCUCCCUGGACAUGUGGGCUGCAGGGGUGAUCCUGUAUGUCAGCCUGAGCGGCACGUUUCCCUUCAACGAGGAUGAAGACAUUCACCAGCAGAUCACUAACGCUGCCUUCAUGUACCCACGUCAUCUGUGGGCCCUCAUUUCUCUCGAGGCGGUGAGUUUGAUUAAUAACCUGCUGCAGGUGGUGGUGCGCCGCAGGUUCAGUGUGGGGAAAGCUAUGGGACACCCCUGGCUCCAGAACUUCCAACUGUGGUGUGACCUGCGUCAGUUUGAGCAGCGUCUGGGUUGCCGUUACCUCACUCAUGACUCGGAUGAUGAGCACUGGAGAUGCCACGCUCAGGAGAAAGGCCUCAGUCUCCCUCCACAUCUACAGACAGAGCAGGGACACUAACACACGUACACUGGACACCUCAGUUUGAUCAGGAGACCUGUGACUGUGGCGUGUGGACUGUACAGAAUCCAGUGCCCUGAUGUGAUGUACAUUUUAUGCACACUGACUAUUUUUAAUAAAAUGAUGCAAAACUCUGGA